CAAUGCCGAACAACCAACUGUUGCGGGUUGUCCAAAGAAAAAAACGUUGCCAUGAUACUUGACGGAAAACAAAUAAGGGUCGCCAUGGAAACACCGACAAGCGACCAUAACAAAGGGCUUUCAAGUGUAUUUUUCAUUUACCAACGGACCGCUCAGCGAAAAUGUUGCAUCAGGGAAUUAUCCUGCGCGAGGGGCAUGUGACGAGGACAAUAUAUAAUCUGAUCAAGGACAAACGCUACGAGGAUGUGAUCGAGUGCAUAACCAGUUUCGGUGAGGCGGCCAACACGAGGGCGGGUCUAUCCACCCUGGGACAUUGCUACUACCACGCCCAGAAAUACGAGGAGGCGGCCACCUGCUACGAGCAGCUCUGCCAACUGGCGCCCAAGGAAGCCAAGUACAGAUUCUACUAUGCCCAGUCGCUCUAUCAGGCUGGCAUCUUUGCUGAUGCUCUGCGGGUGCUCAAGCAAAUGGGUGACCAGGAUGAUGAGCUCCGGGAGCAGUGUCUGCAGCUGCAGAGUGCGAUCCUCUACUCCAGCGAGGAUUUCGCGGGAGCACAGAGCCUGCUGAAUCAGCGGGCGGGAGGCACUGCAGAUACCCUCAACGAUGAGGGAUGCUUGCUGUUCCAGGCUGAUCAGCACGAGGCGGCGGUGCAGCGAUUUCAGGCGGCGCUUCAAGUGGGUGGCUUCAACCCAUUGGUGGCCUACAAUGUGGCGCUGGCACAUUUUCAAAAGAAACAGCGAGCCCAGGCACUGGAUUACACAUCCGAGAUUGUGGAGAGAGGAAUGCGUAAUCAUCCGGAGCUGGGAAUAGGCGCACAGGUGGAUAUUCCCGAUGGCGGUGCCAGGAGCGUGGGCAAUCCCAUCACCAUGGCCAUUUCGGGCAUAACUCAGGCACUUAAUCUCAAGGCAGCCAUAGAAUUUCAAGACGGCAAUGAGGAAGCAGCCAGGGACGCCCUCCUGGACCUUCCUCCUCGAGCCGAAAGCGAACUAGAUCCGGUCACAUUGCACAACAUGGCCUUAACCGAUGUCGAAGGUCCUGUGGCGGGUCUGAGGAAGCUGGCGUUCCUCCUGGAACUGGGUGCACCCUCCUGCCCCAAGGAGACGUUCGCCAACAUCCUGCUCAUCUGCUGCAAGAACGAACUUUACGAAACUGCUGCGGAUAUCCUGGCGGAGCACACGGACCUCACCUACAAGUAUCUUUCGCAAUAUCUCUAUGAGUUAUUGGACUCCCUAAUAACCGCACAAACAAGUGCCGAGUUGGCCGAGAAGAAACUAGGUACUCUGGCCUCCAGUCUUGCAGGUAAACUGCGCAGCUUGGCCGCAAAAGUGCAGGAGGUCAGGGCCACCAAUGAGCAACAGGCACUCAGGGAUGCCCUCAAGGACUACGAACAGGCACUGGAACUUUACUUGCCUGUGGUGAUGGCUCGAGCCUGGAUCUCCUGGCGGGAUGAUGACUUCGUCGGAGCUGAAAGGGAAUUCCAUGCCAGUGCCGAAUUCUGUUCGGAGAACUCCAUUUGGCGAUUGAAUGCAGGACAUGUGCUAUUCAUGCAGGGCGACAAAUACAAUGAGGCGGCUGCCUUUUAUGAGCCCAUCGUGCGCCAGCACUCGGAUGAUAUCAUGUCCGUUUCCGCAGCGGUGCUGGCCAACCUGUGCGUCUCCUACAUCAUGACAUUCCAGAACGAGGAGGCCGAGGAACUGAUGCGAAAAGUGGAAAAGGCCGAGGAGAUGAAGGGCAAUCUGGGCAAGCAGUACCACCAUCUGUGCAUUGUCAAUCUGGUGGUGGGCACACUGUACUGCGCCAAGUCCAACUAUGAGUUCGGCCUAUCCCGCAUCGCCCAUGCCCUGGAGGGUGGGUCUGGGAACCGGCUGUAUGCCGACACCUGGCUGCAUGUGAAGCGCUGUAUCCUGGGGCUCCUCACCGGCAUGGCCAAGCAGAACAUUAUCCUGCCCUAUGCCACCGUACAGGAGGUCCUCAACUUUCUGCGCUUUUGCGAGGCCUACGGCCUCUUUACGCCGGCCAACAUUUUUUCGGCCACCGAACAGGUGCCGGAGGAGCCACUUACAAUUGGCCUGGAGGCCAGGAAGUUGAGGCUACUACUGAUUAAGCUGAGCGAAUACGAAAACUUUUAGAUUCGGCUUUAACUGUUUAACAAAUGUAUUCAACGAAAUGAAACAUAUUAUAGUCAAAUAAGAAAUAAA